GAUUUUAAUUUUAAAACAGCUAGAACUGUUUGAAAUCGUUACUUAGACGCAUCGAUUAGGCAUUAAGUUAUUAAGCCCCGAAAAGAUGGCCGCAAACAAAGCAUUGCGAAAGAUAAAGGAAUCCUUCCAAAAGGACUAACACCAUUUAGGUAAUAGUUAUAAAAAGAUACCGCCCCUUAGCGGCAGCUGUUAGGCCUCGCUAGCAUGGCAGAAAUGCGCAAAAAGUCGCACACCGAGGAAUUCGAAGGAAUGCCAGCCCUGUUCAGGGCCAUGUCCUCCUCUCCAAACGAUGGAUACACCUACAAUUGGACCGUGGUCUCGAUUUCAACGGCUGGACAACCAGGUUCCGGUCCAAACUGCACCGUUUUGUAUCUGGAUCAGUGUACAUCCUGGAAUAAGUGUAGACAGACCUGCCUGAAAACCGGAGCCACCAGCUACAGGUGGUUUCAUGAUGGAUGUUGCGAGUGCGUGGGAGAACAGUGCAUAAAUUACGGCGUGAACGAAAGCAGAUGUCGACUGUGUCCUGAACCAGGAAUUGAAGAUGAAGAGGAUUGAACCAUAUUAUCGCAAAAAGAAAUAUUCUAUUG